AUGGUCGUGGAGGUCAUUUACGUUACGAGGCACGGCUUCCGUUCCAAUUGGGUCGUCAAUCCCAAAACAGGGGAAUAUGACAAUGUUAUUCCUUCGCCCACCAACAUUCCUUCAGACCCUGCCCUAGCAGCAUAUGGUGUUGAGCAGGCUAGACAGCUGGCCGACCAUGUUAUGACACUUUCGCCUCCUCCGGAGCGUCUGUAUUCGAGUCCAUUCUAUCGCUGUCUCGAGACGCUGCAACCCACCGUCGAAAAGUUCGCCGCCGCAGGUCGGAAAGUGGGCGAGGUGCGCGGUGAGAAUGGAAUUGGUGAGUGGUACGGCACAGCACGCUUCGACCAUCCCUCUCCGGCCAACCCGCCUCUCCUACGUACCUUCUUCCCAACGUACGCGCUCGAUUACCCACCUAUAAUCAUCCCAUCUUCGAUUGGAGAGACUAUUCCUGAGCUGCACGACCGGGUGGCAUAUGCGCUCGACCGGAUGAUCGCGGAACUAGACGCGGACGAGAGUCAACCGAAAGCAAUAUUGCUCUGCACUCAUGCUGCGCCAUUGCUAGCCAUUGCACGCGCCCUCACUGGACAAAUGCCCGAAGACAUCUCAGCGCAAGAUUUCAGACCUUUCACAUGUUCAAUGUCGAAAUUUGUCCGCAGACGUCGGCCAUCUCAGCCAUUAGCAAGCCCCGUCGCAAGAAAGACGCAAAUUGGGGAUGAUGGUAUUCCUAGCGUCGAUUGGCGGGGCGGGAAAGGCGUGGGUGGAGGGUGGGACUGUGUUGUGAAUGGAGAUUGUUCUUUUCUAGAGAAUGGCGAGGAGCGAGGAUGGUAUUUCUCCGGCGAUGAAUCCUUCCCCACAUCACCCAACCAGUCAGGUGCAACUCUCGAUGCCGGUACCGGAUUGGGCGUGGUUGUGGAAGGACGAGGGAAGGCCGCUCUAUGA